AUGACUUACCUCAAAGGUCUCGCAGACCAAGUCCAGCUUCAGGCAUCCAAGUUAACCAGACUUUUAGCUGAAGUAAAUCUACCAUCUCCUUCCUUUGCCCCCGAUGCUCCUCCAGCGCCACUCCACGGAAAAGAAUUUGAGAAGGUCCAAGCAGCUUGCAUGUCCCUAAUUGAGUCUGCGAAUGCAAUCCGAGAUCUGGCUCUUAGGCCGGGAGACUGCAUCGCUAUAUCUUAA